AUGAACACGUGGCGGUCAAAAUACGGCGCUGUCAUUGGGUACAAUUCAACAAAGCCUCAGAUAAACAACAUUUAUACAACUCCACAACAAGCUGCUGCAAACGGGACAGGACAACGACCCUCUCUAGGAAGACCACCGGCUAAAAGACGACUUGCAUUAGAUGACUCUGAUCACCAAUACCAGUCUGAUGUAGUCCGAACACCGCGAGGCCGAGGAGCAUCCUCAAAUGGAGGGAGCCUAAAGACUCCCAGAACACCAAAGUCUCCACCAGAGAAGACUCGUUAUGACACUUCUCUGGGGUUAUUAACCAAGAAGUUUGUAGAUCUUUUAGCUCAAUCGUCUGAUGGAGUGCUGGACCUUAACAUUGCGGCCGAAACAUUACAGGUCCAGAAAAGACGCCUGUAUGACAUUACCAAUGUCUUGGAGGGUAUUCAUCUCAUCAAAAAGAAGUCCAAAAACAACAUUCAGUGGAUGGGAUGCAGCCUGCUGGAGGUAGAAGGAGCACUGUGCCAAAGACAGAACCUAACUGCAGAAAAUGAAGCUUUAGCAGAAGAGGAAAAAAGACUUCAACAGCUGAUCGAGAGAUGUUCUAUAGAUAUGAGGCACAUGAACAUCAAGCAGAUAGGAAGUCUGAAGGAUCAGACGGUCAUUGUGGUCAAAGCUCCUUCAGAUACUAAACUAGAAGUGCCAGAUCCAGAUGAGAGUUUAUCCAUCCAUCUGACAAGCACCAAAGGCCCAAUUGACGUGCUGCUAUGUCCGGAUGAAGAACUGGAUCCUCGAAGCCCCAUCAAAAGCUGCAACAUGGACAUUAAUGGGAAUUCACCCUUUCUUAAAGUUCUUCAAGAUUCAAAUGCAACUGCUUCUUCCGGUUCUUCUUUGGCUCCACCACCUGCUUCUGCUGUGUCCGUCACAACCCUGUCCCCCAUCUCAUCUCCUUUCACCAGUCUGCUUCAACAGACUGAAGACCAGAUGCCAUCAGCACUAGGACCCUUCCUAAGUCUUGGCCCAACACUUCUGGACCAGGAUGACUACUUGUUAGAUACGCCAUUAACAGGACCUACAAUGCCGUCAGCCAGUGAAUCUUUGAUAGAGGACAUUGAGGACAUGGUUUCCUCCAAUGAUCCCACACCUCAGGAGAGGCAGUCAGCUCGUAAGAGCAUCAUACCAAGGUCCAGAAAGAAGAUGGAGCCACUGAUGAAUGAAGAGAUUCAAGUGGACAGUUUAAUUCCUGGUACUCAAAAGAUAUGGAUGAAAACUUGGGGCUGCAGCCAUAACAAUUCAGAUGGCGAGUACAUGGCUGGACAGCUAGCCGCAAGUGGAUACAAAAUGACUGAUAAUCCAGCAGAUGCAGAUUUGUGGGUGCUUAACAGUUGUACUGUGAAAAAUCCGGCCGAGGAUCACUUCAGGAACUCCAUCAAAAAGGCCCAAGAACAACAAAAGAAAGUGGUGGUGGCAGGUUGUGUACCUCAAGCUCAGCCAAGAAUGGAUUACCUCAAGGGACUCAGCAUCAUAGGGGUCCAGCAGAUUGAUCGAGUGGUGGAAGUUGUGGACGAGGCUGUUAAAGGACAUUCAGUUCGUCUGCUGGGUCAGAAAAAAGGAGGAGGCCGAAGGCUUGGAGGUGCCAGACUAGACCUUCCUAAGAUCAGGAAAAACCCUCUUAUUGAAAUAAUCUCCAUCAAUACUGGGUGUCUGAAUGCCUGCACAUACUGUAAGACGAAACAUGCCAGAGGAGACCUCGCCAGUUACUCUGUAGAAGAGCUGGUAGAAAGAGCAAGGCAGUCAUUUCAAGAGGGGGUGUGUGAGAUUUGGCUGACCAGUGAAGACACGGGGGCGUAUGGCAGAGACAUUGGCACAGAUCUGCCCACUCUUCUCUGGAGACUGGUGGAGGAGAUCCCCGAAGGAGCCAUGCUGCGACUGGGCAUGACCAACCCUCCGUACAUAUUGGAACACUUGGAGGAAAUGGCGAGGGUCCUGAAUCACCCGCAUGUGUAUGCGUUCCUCCAUGUUCCUGUGCAGUCGGCCUCAGACAGUGUUCUGAUGGACAUGAAGAGGGAGUACUGUGCCGACGACUUCAGAAAAGUGGUGGACUUCCUCAAAGAAAGAGUUCCAGGAGUAACCAUUGCCACUGAUAUCAUUUGUGGUUUUCCCGGAGAAACGGAAGAAGACUUUCAAGAAACUAUGGAGCUGGUGAAGCACUACAAAUUCCCCAGUCUCUUCAUCAACCAGUUUUACCCUCGACCUGGGACACCUGCCGCUAAAAUGGAGCAAGUGCCUGCACAUGUGAAAAAGCACCGGACAAAAGAGCUUUCACAACUGUUCCACUCAUACAACCCUUACGACCAUAAGGUUGGCGAGAGGCAACAUGUGCUGGUGACUGAGGAGUCGUUUGAUGCCCAAUUCUACGUAGCGCACAACAAAUAUUACGAACAGGUGCUGGUGCCCAAAAGGCCAGAGUUCAAAGGGAAGAUGAUUGAGGUGGACAUUUACGAGGCAGGAAAACACUUUCUGAAAGGCCGUCUGGUCGAGGACAGCAAACCUUUCACUCCGUCCAUUGCCGAGCCACUUCAGAAGGGACAAGUCUCUGGUCUCUCACAGGAACAGAUGGCCAAUGGCGUCCACAGUCCCGCUGCUAUGUCUUCUUCCUCCUCUGCUGCCGUCUCGCUGCUUGGCUGUUACAGUGUUGAUCGGGACACACUGACGAAGCUGGGAAUUGGCCUUGCAUUGGCAGCCGCCAUUUUGGCCUUCAUUGUGGAGAAAGUGUACUGA